AGCAAGGUGAGUUGACUGGAGUUGACUUGUGUGAAGUUGAGACUGAAACUCAUGAUGACUGCAUCAUCGCUGCUGGCUGCCCUCGUGGUGGUGACCUGCGCUGCUCUUUUGCCAUUCUCUGCUGCUCAAGCCAGUUGCAGUGGUCGAUGUGGUGACCCGUUCGCUCGUGGUCAGCCCUGCCAGUGUGACGCCAGCUGCCUCACUCACGACAGGUGCUGCAAGGACUUUGAGGCUCUCUGCACUUUCGGUGAGUCGUGCAGUGGUAGGUGUGGUGAAUCGUUCAGACGAGGCAGGCUUUGUGAGUGUGACCCAGGCUGUGUCCGCUACGACACCUGUUGCCGUGACUACCAGAACUACUGUGAUGCCACUACACCUCCACCACCAACUCAGAGGAUCAAGCCCGAUGCCAAGAAAAAGGCAACAGUGCUUCCCAAGAACAAAUCCAUCAGCGAGACAGAAUUGAUGAGUCUCAAACCUACCAAGAAACCUUCAAACAGCGAGAGUGAGGAAAGCAGCCAAGAACAGAGCCAGACCAUAUACCCUUCUCCAUCCGACCUCUUCCCUGAGACUCAGGACUAUGAUACCAACGGCCCUUUCCCUGGAUCAAGCAGCCCAAAGAGCCAGAGUGACUAUUCUCGUUUCUCUGAGGACCCAGCUUCCCCUUUGAGCCCUGACUUCUACCCUCUGACUGACAGCUUCAAUGUUCCCAGCUCCACCGCACCAGAUACUGUCACGGAUGCUCUGAGUGAUUCAGCCACCAGUCUCUUGGAGGGCAUCUCCCUCCUCCUCCCUACACACAUGGCCACCACUCCCUUGGCCCUGCCUUCCUUAACUGGUCAGUUACCUGGAUCUGCUAACUUCCCAUCCACUGGCUUGCCUAUGCCCAGCCAGGGUGGAGCCUCAGCAGGUAACGCUGGCCCCCUGGCCCUGUUGUCUGGACCUCCCCUGCUCCCUACUCUGGCAGAUAUCGCCAAGGCCUUGGGACUAAAGAACCCCAUCACUCUGGCAGACAUAGCCAAGGCCAUGGGCCUCAACACUCCCAAUGACCCAAUCACUUUGGCAAACAUAGCCAAGGCCUUGGGGUUCAACAACCCCAAUGAUCCAAAACCUCCCCAAAACCCCAAGAACUCCAUCCUUCUGGCAGACAUAGCCAAAGCCAUGGGGCUUAACUCCCCCAAUGACCCAAUCACUUUGGCAAACAUAGCCAAGGCCUUGGGGUUCAAGAGCCCCAAUGACCCUAAACCCCAGCAAAACCCCAGCUCUCUGGCAGAAAUAGCCAAGGCCUUGGGGCUCAACUCCCCCAAGGACCCCAUCACAUUGGCAAACAUAGCGAAGGCCUUGGGGUUCAACAACUCCAAUGACCCUAAACCUCCCCAAAACCCCAACAACCCCAUAACUCUGGUAGACAUAGCCAAGGCCUUGGGGCUCAAUAGCCCCAAUGACCCCAUCACUUUGGCAAACAUAGCCAAGGCCUUGGGAUUCAAUGACCCCAACGCUCCUAAACCCCCCCAAUACCCCAGCUCUCUGGCAGACAUAGCCAAGGCAUUAGGGUACAACAACAUCGACCCCAUUACUUUGGCAGACAUAGCCAAGGCCUUAGGGCUCAAAAACCUCAAAGACCCCAUUACUUUGGCAAACAUAGCCAAGGCCUUGGGGCUCAAAGACCCCAGCACUCUAGCAGACAUAGCCAAGGCCUUAGGGUUCAACAACCCCAAUGACCCCAAACCCCCCCAAAACCCCAGCUAUCUGUCAGACAUAGCUAAGGCCUUAGGGCUCAACAGCCCCAACGACCCAAUCACUUUGGCAAACAUAGCCUGGGUCUUGGGGCUGAACGACCCCAACAAACCCAUCACUCUGGCAGACAUAGCCAAGGCCUUGGGGCUCAAUGCCUCCAGCAAAUUGCCAGACAUAGCCAAGGCCUUGGGGGUCAAGAACCCCAACAAACCCAUCACUCUGGAAGACAUAGCCAAGAUCUUGGGAUUCAAAAACCUCAAAGAUCCAAACACUCUCCAAAAUCCCAACACUCUGGCAGAUGUAGCCACGGCCUUGGGGCUCAGUGACCCCAAUAAACCCAUCACCUUGGCAGACAUAGCCACGGCUUUGGGACUUAAUGACCCCAGCACUCUGGCAGACAUAGCCAAGGCCUUGGGGGUCAACAACCCCAACGACCCUAAAAGAACUAACACUCUGGAAGACAUAGCCAAGGCCUUGGGGCUCAACGACCCCAACAAACCCCUCACUCUGGCAGACAUAGCCAAGGCCUUGGGGGUCAACAACCCCAAUGACCCUAAACCCCUCCAAAACCCCAACAAACCUAUCACUCUGGCAGACAUAGCCAAGGCCUUAGGGCUCAAAAACCCUGACAACCUCUUUGCCCUGGCUGACAUAGCCAGGGCCUUAGGGCUCAAAUCCCCCAAAGACCCCAUCUCUUUAGCAAGCAUAGCCAAGGCCUUGGGGCUCAAAGACCCCAGCACUCUUGCAGACAUAGCCACGGCCUUAGGGUUCAACAACCCCAAAGACCUUAACCCCCCCCAGAACCCCAGCUAUCUGGCAGACAUAGCUAAGGCCUUAGGGCUCAACAGCCCCAAUGGCCCAAUUACUUUGGCAAACAUAGCCAGGGCCUUGGGGCUGAACGACCCCAACAAACCAAUUACUCUGGCAGACAUAGCCAAGGCUUUGGGUCUCAAUGACUCCAGCACUUUGGCAGACAUAGCCAAGCCCCUGGGGGUCAAGAACCCCAACAAACCCAUCACUCUGGCAGAUAUAGCCAAGGUUUUGGGAUUCAAAAACCCCAACGACCCUAAAACCCCCGGAAACCCCAACACUCUUGCAGAUGUAGCCACGGCCUUGGGGCUCAGUGACCCCAAUAAACCCAUCACUCUGGCAGACAUAGCCACGGCUUUGGGACUUAAUGACCCCAGCACUUUGGCAGACAUAGCCAAGGCCUUGGGGGUCAACAACCCCGACGACCCUAAAAGAACCAACACUCUGGAAGACAUAGCCAAGGCCUUGGGGCUCAACGACCCCAACAAACCCAUCACUCUGGCAGACAUAGCCAAGGCCUUGGGGGUCAACAACCCCAAUGACCCUAAACCCCUCCAAAACCCCAACAAACCUAUCACUCUGGCAAACAUAGCCAAGGCCUUAGGGCUCAAAAAACCCAACAACCUCUUUACCCUGGCUGACAUAGCCAAGGCCUUAGGGCUCAAAACCCCCAAAGACCCCAUCUCUUUAGCAAACAUAGCCAAGGCCUUGGGGAUCAAAGACCCCAGCACUCUGACAGACAUAGCCAAGGCCUUAGGGUUCAACAACCCCAAAGACCUUAACCUCCACCAGAACCCCAGCUAUCUGGCAGACAUAGCUAAGGCCUUAGGGCUCAACAGCCCCAAUGACCGAAUUACUUUGGCAAACAUAGCCAGGGUCUUGGGGCUGAACGACCCCAACAAGCCAAUUACUCUGGCAGACAUAGCCAAGGCUUUGGGUCUCAAUGAUCCCAGCACUUUGGCAGACAUAGCCAAGCCCUUGGGGGUCAAGAACCCCAACAAACCCAUCACUCUGGCAGAUAUAGCCAAGGUUUUGGGUUUCAAAAACCCCAACGACCCUAAAACCCCCGGAAACCCCAACACUCUUGCAGACGUAGCCACGGCCUUGGGGCUCAACGACCCCUACAAACCUAUCACUCUGGCAGACAUAGCCACAGCUUUGGGAUUCAAUGACCCCAGCACUCUGGCAGACAUGGCCAAGGCCUUGGGGGUCAACAACCUCAAUGACCCUAAAAGACCCAACAACCCCAACACUCUGGCGGACAUAGCCAAGGCCUUGGGGCUCAACGACCCCAACAAACCCAUCACUCUGGCAGACAUAACCAAGGCUUUGGGAAUCAAAGACCCCAGCACUACGGCAGCAAUAACCAAGUCCUCGGCCUACAACAACCCCAACACAGGUCUACCAGAUGCCGACAGUAACCCAGACCUCUGCAGUGACCUGCCCCUCAACGGAUUGACCACUCUGCCCAACGGAACAAUUCUCAUCUUCAAGGGUCAUUUCUUCUGGACCAUAGAUCCCAUCACCAAGGACCAUGGGCCAGCUCACAACAUCAGAGAGGAGCUGGGCAUCCCCUCUCCCAUCGACAGUGCCUUCACCCGCACCAACUGCCAGGGAAAGAGCUACAUCAUCAAGGGUGAUGACUACUGGAGUAUGGACAAUGGCAACAUGGAGCCUGGUUACCCCAAAUCUGUUGCCUCUGGUUUUCAUGGUCUGACUGGCACCAUCACUGCAGCCCUGCCUGUGCCUGCUACCAGGAGGAGGCCUGAGUCUGUCUACUUCUUCAAGAAAGGAGGCACCAUGCAGAAAUACUCGUACCAUGCUGGAAGUAGCACUGUCUGUGGCAAGAAAUCCAAGCCCAGCGCAAAGAAACGCCCCGCUCGCCAAACAGAGAUGAGUCUGGGAGGCGAGAUCAACAUCAAGCUGGCUCUGAAAGGCUUUCCCUCCUCAGUGACCUCAGCGGUGUCUGUCCCCAGCCCCAAGAAGGCCGAUGGAUACGACUACUUCCUCUUCGCUGGACCUCUGUACUUCAACAUCAAGAUCUCUGGGGAUCUGCCUGCUCUGGCCAAACCAGACAAUGCUGAUCCCCGCCAAAACUCCAUCAAGAAGUGGCUCAAGUGUAUCUAGAGCAUUCCCUAUGGAUGGACCAACAAUGCACAGAGCACACCUAUGGCAACCAUUUUCUUUUUUUUCCAUAUUAGGAAAACAAAAGCAUCAGAACAAUUCUUAUUCUUGAAAAGAAAUUAAUAAAAUGUACACUUUUAAAGCACAUGGUAUCUGCUGAUACAAAAUUGGGAAGAAAGAAUCUAACCAUUGCUCUCUCUCUCUUACGAUCACAAAUCUGUAGGACUUUUUUUAUUAGACUAACACACUAUGAUUGAGACUUGGGAGUAAGGAAAUGGAGCAGUCCAUGAUGACAUCAUUAGCGGGGUAGGUUUCCUCUACCAAAAGGGAGUCUUCAAGCCCAUACCUUGAAUGGAAGGGGUGAGAAGAGAAGAGCCAUUAGACAUCAUCCAAAAUUGCCACUUCAAGAAGUUUAUAACUCUCAAUUGUGUUUCUUAAGCUCGGCUCACUAGAGCUUCUUUGAAUGUUGUUUUGAUGUGCAUUGAAAUAGCUACCUCUCUGAACUCAAACAUCAGCUAAAACGUUUGACAAGACAUCACGUUAAGACCACACCAGGGGGGCUUAAAUAUCUCUUGCAUGACCGCAACCCUGCUCCAACCAUCCUUGUGUCACAUGUAAUCCGACAUGCCAAACAAAAGUAUACAAUGUGUCCUUUGUGUCGCUUACUUUCUCUGGCUUUAUCAGACUAAUAAAAAAAAA